AUGUCCAAUCUCGACACCGCGAAACCCCCGCCUCACUUCAAGAAAGAAGGAGACUACCACCGUCUGAUUGUCGAUGGCAAACCCUUUCUCAUUAUUGGAGGAGAGAUCGCCCCUUCAACUUCCUCAUCUGCUGCCAGCAUGGCUCGCAAGUGGCAAGACAUCAAAACUCUCGGUCUAAACACCGUCCUUCUCGCCGUCACCUGGGAGGUCUUUGAGCCGAAAGAAGGAGAGUUCAACACAGACUUGGUCGCAAGUCUUGUUGCUCAAGCGCGAGAGGCAGGAAUCAGAGUUAUACUCCAUGUCUCGUGGUAUGGCUCCAUGAAGGGUGGCUGCGCACAAUAUCCUGCGCGCUUCCCAAAACUGAAGACCUACGAGUUACAGAUACUUCCUACGGAGGAGGGCAGUACAGAUGCAUGGGUGUUAGUACCUACGCCCAUGAUCUCGCUUUUCGGGCCAGAUUUCACUACGGCAGAGAAGACAGCUUUUGCAGAGUUUGUGCAGCAAGUCGAGACGGCCGAUUCAGACUAUGACACCAUUCUCAUGCUGCAAAUUGGCAGCGAGGUUGGCUACUCGAAUUGUUCCAGAGACCGCUGUGACGCAGCCUUGACUGCGUUUGAGAAGAAAGUUCCGGAUGAAUACUUGGACUUCCUUGUCCAGUCUGGCUCAAUGCUUUGUACUGCUAAUAGCCACGCCUGGGAGGAAUUUGCCGAUGAUUCUGAAGGUACGGACCAGCUUUUCACUACAUAUCAUGUCGCCAGCCACAUCAACGCCCUAGCAAAAAUUGCGAAAGAAGCUUACCUUGUCCCGGUCAUUGUCAACGCUGCUCAUGAAGCAAGCGAAGGGAAGAGGUAUGGUGGACCGCUGCCUAAGACCUUGCAUCUUUGGAAGCUCCUUGCACCUACAUCGAUCUUUAUGCACCGCGAAUGUUCCAUCCCAAUCCAGGCUCAUGGUCGAUGCGAGGAUGACAUCCGCUUGAUUUGGUCUGCAUUUGGUUCUCAUGGCGCAACUGGUGUUGUCUUCUCCCGGAUUGAAGAUUUGAGGAUAUGGAACCCUGAAUCCCAUACGAUUCAGCACGCCAACCUACUCCGCCAGGCCGGCCCCUUCCUCCUGGAUGCCCAGGAUCAAGACCAACCGCAUAUCGGAAUUGCUUACAAUGGCUGGGAUCCAGAAGAGCUGCAUUUCACAUCUGGAGAAUUCGACAUCACUGCAAGCGGGCGGAUGACUCGACACAUGUAUGGUCUUGCUAUCAGUCAGGGCAACGGAAAGCUCUUGCUCUUCGGCCACAAGUUCGAGCUCGAGGCCGAGUCCCUGAAUGACGACGUGGUUUCUACCCAUAUUCUCAGCUGUCGUGAGCUGAAGGUCAACGAGCAAGGUAGGUUGCAAGUCGGACGCACAUUCAACGCCUAUGAUACCAACGGCGCCAAUUUUGCCAUGAUGAGAGAGGAUGCUCCAAUGAUUGCGGAGCUUCAGUUCUAUGGUAUCAAGAAUUGA